UCGCUUUUAAAGCCUCGGAACAACAAAGGAUUUAUAGAACUUGAAACUCUUAGUCGCGACAGUAGACUAUUCAUUAACAUGUUUCAAAAGUUACUUUAGAAUAAGUGUCUAAUUAUAUGAAAUCUGAAUGAAUGAAAUAUAUAUAAAAACAAACAAACUUGAUAUCCGAUAUAGUUACUGGUUUCUGCCCGGCUGAAGGUGGUUCCGGUCUAAUUUAAGCAAGCAAAAUAGAAAAUUUUCAGAGUUAGAUUUUAAGGGGUAAACUUUGGCAUUAAAAUGAAACUUUAUCUUAAAUUCUCUAUUUUCAGCAAUGCAGUCAGUAAAAGAUAACGUUAAAGGCUGUUCAAUUCUUUCAAUUAAUAUUUUGUUUAUAUUUAUAUUGCUGCAUUAUUUGAUUAGAAAGAAAACAAGAACUGUCGAUGUGUGAUAAAUGUAGAAUGUGUGUUCAAAAACACUCAUAAAAUUGGUGUAUAUACCAUUUAGUUUCAUUAGAAAUGGCAUUGAAUGCGGACGAUGAUAUUUUACCACAGUAUCCCCUUAAUUCUGAAAAGAAAACCCACCUUUGUGACAUAUGUAAUAAAAUAUUCACUAGUAACUGGAAUUUAACCCAACACAAAACUAUUCACACAGGAGAAAGGCCAUAUUCAUGUAGUGUAUGCGAUAAAACAUUUUCACGUAAAUCAGGUUUAAAACAGCACAGUCAUGUUCACGAAGAAAAAGAUUUCAAUGACGAAAAUAAUUUAACUUUAGAUUCACUUAUUGCGACUGAAAAGAAAACUUACUCAUGUCAUGUGUGUAAUAAAAUAUUUACCGCUAAAAAGUACCUAAAUAGACACUAUCUUAUUCAUACGGGAGAGAAACCCUAUUCUUGCGACAGGUGCGAUAAAACAUUUGCUUUUAAAUGUAGGCUAGACGAUCACUAUCGUGUUCAUACGGGGGAGAGACCGUAUACAUGCAGUGUUUGUAAAAAAACUUUUAAACAUCAGAGUACAUUAACUGAACACAGCCGUCUUCAUACCGGAAUAAAAAAGUAUAUGUGCGCUUUGU